AUGGCCUCAGAGGAGCUUAACUCUUUCGACAACCCCCUCCGCGACUUCACCGGCUAUGGCCGCAGCCCCCCAAACGCCGAGUGGCCCAACAGCGCUCGCAUUGCCGUGUCCUUCGUGUUGAAUUACGAGGAAGGGGGCGAAUACAGCCCAUCAAAUGGGGAUACCCGUACCGAAUCCAACCUGGGCGAGAAGUUUGGUACCGUACCGAGGACGGAUGGACGAAGAGACUGGACCAUGGAGUCCCAGUUUGACUAUGGCAGUCGCGCUGGCGUUUGGAGAAUAAUGAACCUGUUCGAUAAACAUAAUAUGAAAAUCACCAUAUACGCGGUCGGGCGCGCCCUCGAGGUCAACCCCAUCGCAGCACCCGAAUUUGAGAACCACGGGCACGAGCUCGCCAUGCAUGGAUACCGAUGGAUCGAACAUACCGAUUACGAGGGCAACGAGGAAGCAGAGAAGCAGCUCGUCCGCAGAGGCAUCGAGGCCAUCCAGAAAUGCUCUCCCUCAGGCAAGCCCCCCUCGGGCUGGUACCUCGGGCGCCCGUCGUCCAAGUCGCGCAGCCUGAUCGCGCAGGUGCAUAAGGAAAUGGGGAUUCCUCUGCUCUGGCAGUCCGAUUCAUAUGCGGACGACCUGCCAUACUGGAUCCCGUACCCAGGCGGGAAGAAGUCCGAAGGCCUACUCAUGAUCCCGUACUCAUACGACAACAACGACUUCAAGUUCCAUACGCCGCCCGGGUGGACGUCGACCGACGGCUUCCUGCAGCAUCUCAUCAACGCGUUCGACACGCUCUACGAGGAAGGCGGGAAGAUGAUGUCCAUCGGCCUCCACUGCCGCAUCGUCGGCAAACCAGGACGUUUCCCGGCCCUCAAGAAAUUUGUCGAGUACAUCUCCAAGAAGGAGGGCGUCUGGGUCGCCACACGCACCCAGAUAGCAAAUCACUGGACGGAGAAAUUCCCAUACAAGCCCGAGGAGGUUAAGUUUGCACCGACGUUCGAUACCCCAUUUUAA